CAGGUUUGGUCUUGGGCAAACACACUGAUUUUGGUUAGUUAGUUCCUCGACGGUUGGUGUAUCAUAAGCGAGAUUAUGCGCUUGGGAGCUGUAAGCGAAGUCAAGACAUUCUGCUCUCGCGCGCGUGAAGGAUGUAUCCCGCCUGCACACACCAUUACAGUCAUCAAGUGAGUACAAGGACGGACGACGGUGGUGUAUACUAGAAAGGCAUGGCGACGAUAAUAGUGGGCGGCGGCAUCAUAGGCCUCUCCUCUGCUUUCUAUCUCUCGCAGGCACCCGAUGCCAGUCGACCAAAGCGCAUAAUUGUUGUUGACACCUCGAGGCGACUAUUUUCAUGCGCAUCUGGAAGGGCUGCGGGUUUCAUGAGCCGGUCAUGGUUCUCACGACCUUCAGCAUCUCUUGGAGAGCUGUCUUUUGUGCUUCAUGCUGAAUUGGCGGAAAUAUACGGUGGAGACGAAAAAUGGGGAUACAGACCUUCACAAGCGUUUUCUGUUGCUCCAAGGCAGGAGCCAGAGGCAUUAACAGCAAUCGAGUAUGAUGCUCUCAAACGCGAACGACUACAGAAACAGUGGGAAGCACGGAUGGAACUAUUGGAAAGCAGGGCGGCUCUGAAAGGCACGGGAGGACAUACCCGUCAUCAGUGGUAUCAGGAAGAGUUGGACGAAGAGCAAAAGAUUUUUGCUUCUGAGCCGGAUCCUCCUGACUGGCUUUUUUGCGACACCGAUAAUACAUUUCAAAUCUCAGACGAAGGAGAGUGUGCCCAAAUCAAUCCAUACGAGCUAUGCGAAUUUCUCCUGGAAGUGUGCAUCCGAAGAGGUGUCGAAGUACUUCACCCAUAUCAACUUUGUUCUGUCAGAGUUGAUAAAGAUUCGGGAAAAUUGUCCGAUGCAGUACUUCGUGACCUAGAUUCGAAACGCGAGAUCACGAUUUCUGAGGUGGAACAUGUCGUGGUAGCUGCUGGGGCAUGGUCCCCACACGCCUUUUCAACUGCGUUUCCGGACGCACAGUUUGUGCCUGCUAUCAGUUCACUAGCCGGAUAUUCAAUGGUUGUCACUUCGCCUCUCUCUCAGUAUGUGGGCAAAGAAGGAAGUCUAGGAGUGUUUGGAAGUGACACACAAGGCUCUUCGUCAGCAAUGUCCGAAGAAGGAGAUAGGUCGGAUGUCACUUUCGAUGAUGCGUCUAGUAUUGCAUCUGGGAGUACGUGCAGUGGAAUACAUCCUGAUGGACGGCCAAACACAAUAGAUUUAUCUCCUAUCCGCAAUGCCUUAUUUGUUCGAUCGUCAAUCUAUUCUCGGUGGUCACCAGAAAUAUUCUCCAGAAGCAAUGGUGAAAUAUAUAUUGCUGGAUUGAAUGAGCAGGGGUACAAUGUGGGUCAGACCACCACCCGAAGAGGGAGUAUGGCGCCUCCCUCCCUUCAAGAAUAUCGGGAACAGGAGGCAGAAUCAGGGACUGACUCUGAAUCGGACGCAGAAGGGAAGAAACCAGUGCAGGGAUCUGAGAAAUACAAAACACUCGAAGACGUUGCAAAAUCACUUCUCGGUCCCGAAAUCAAGAUAAUGAGGAAGUCGGUCUGCCUGCGUCCGGUGACACCACGUGGAGAACCUAUUAUCGGAAAAGUACCGCCUGAGCAGGUUGGGGGCGCUAAGGGAGUGUAUAUAUGUUCAGGUCAUGGCCCCUGGGGAAUAAGUUUAUGUCUAGGGAGUGGGAGAGUGAUUACAGAAAUGAUUACGGAGGGGCAAGCACGUAGCGCGGAUGUCAGUAUGUUGGCACCAAUAUGAAAGAAGAGGAGAG